UCGGCGUUGAUAACGGUUGGAAGAACAUUGGAUUACCAAAAUGUAUCAAAGUGAUUCUCGUUCGGUGAGCAACUUCGAGUUGAAGGCAAUCGAUGCCAUCGAUAAUAGAAAGAUUUAUCGCGGACUGAAGGGCCUUUUCUUGGAGUAUUGCUCGAAUAGCACCAUUCACGGGAUAAAAUAUUUUGCAUGCAAACGGCGAACAAUUUACGAAAAGAUUUGGUGGAUCGUUAUGUUUUUCGUAUCGCUGUACGGUUGUGGUAGAUUGAUUCAAAAUGUUUACCGCAAAUGGGAACAGACGCCGGUUAUUGUCAGUUUCAGUGAGAAAAGCACUCCGAUUUGGCAAAUCCCGUUUCCUGCGGUGACCAUUUGUCCAGAGACGAAGGUGAAAUCGCAAUAUUUAAACUUUACAACCUCGUAUCACAUGCUACUGAACGACACCGAACGGGACAGUAUGGAUGAGGAGAGUUUCAAUCGUUUGCGAGCUGUAGCCCAGGUGUGUGACGCUCAUAUCUUCACCAACAUGUCACUGGGUCAGGACUUCGAUCCAGACUGUGUGGAUUGGCUGCGGAAUGGGUCCGUAUCUGCCAGGGAGAUGUUAAUGUUCUGCAAAUGGCGCAACAAUCCGACCUACUGCGAUGACUUCUUCACCGAAACGUUGACUGAAGAAGGCUUUUGCUAUACUUUCAACUCACUCGGGGCUGACGAUUUACUGAGGCAGGAGGCUCUGCAGCAGGAUUAUCCUUAUGUAACGGCAAACAAAUCCUCACCACAGUGGACACUGGAAACGGGCUACCGGGAGGAUGCGAUUAUCGAUACUUACCCGAUGAGAGUUCUGGGGGCGGGCGCCAGAGGAGGACUCAACAUCCUGCUGAUGCUUUACCAGUACGAUUUGGACUAUCUGUGCAGGGGUCCCGUACAGGGCUUCAAAAUCCUUCUGCACACCUCCAGUGAGUAUCCGCAAGUUUCCAAGCAGUACUUUCGCGUGCCUCUCCAUCAAGAGGUGAUCAUCUCGGUAAAACCACAGAUGAUAACCACUUCCGAUGGUUUACGUCAUUACGCGCCGCACCGCCGCCAGUGUUACUUCAACCACGAGCGUAGACUCAAGUACUUCCAAGUGUACACACAACAAAAUUGCAAACUAGAAUGUAUUACAAAUUACACGCUGAAUCUUUGCGGUUGUGUCAAGUUCUCGAUGCCUCGCGAUGCCCAGACCAAGGUUUGCGGAGCCAGCAAGAUCGACUGCUACAACGAAGCCGAGGACGAACUGGCCGGACAAGAGGUCCGGCAUAGCGUCAAUGAAACGUCCGCCCACAGAAGCACGUGCGACUGCUUGCCGGGUUGCACUUCGGUACAGUAUGAUGCGGAGAUUUCACAGGCCGAUUUGGAUUGGAAAAAUUUGUUCCAAGCCUACAAGCACCCACUUGACGAGUAUCCCGGCUUGCAAUUGGCCCGUUUGACUAUCUAUUUUAAGGAAUCGCAGUUCAUAACUUCAAAACGAAGCGAACUUUACGGUGUGACAGAUUUCCUUGCCAACUGCGGUGGCCUACUUGGAUUGUUCAUGGGAGUUAGCUUGAUCAGUCUGGCGGAGAUUGUUUACUUCUGUUCGAUCCGCCCGUUCACUCUGCUGAGGGCCUACCGGGCGAAACAGGCCAAGCUGCAGCAGCUUCCUAUGUUUGUGGCACCGAUUUUCGAGAUCGAGAAACCGAAGGAUUCAUAGACUUAGCGGUCAUCAUCCUAUCAAUGAACUUUAAGAUUUUAUAUUAUGUGUUCAAUUUUAGUAGAUGUUGUGUGUGAAUACCAUAACAUGUAUUUGUACUAGAUUUAACAAUUACUAUGUGAAAAUAUAUUGAUUCAGA